AUUAUACAGUGAUGCGUAUAUAUGCUAUCAACCUGAAUGUGAAAUCUGUAUCAGCUCAGCUGAUUACCUCAGUCAUAGGACACAACUAUAAACUAACUCGUGCCUGGCUAUUUAUAGUUGGGUAGGAAAAUAAACAAACGUUCGUAUAAAUGACUGGAUUUGAUGGCAUUGGUAAACAAUUAUAGUUUGCAAAUAGUUGGAUACUACUAAACAACGAUUGCUAUGACUCACGGUAUUGGUGCAAUAGCCACUGGUGCAAUAGCCACUGGAUGUGCAGGUGGAUGUAGUGGCGGCGGCUUCAGCAGCGCGGCAUUCAACGCUGGCGUGUUUGCCGGCGCCACCAGUUCCAGUAGCCGACGACGACGCAACAACGAAGGCACCGGAAGUUGCUGCUUAUUGUGCAGCUUUAUUCUGUUUUUCACCUGUCUGAUGAAAAUGAAGCCGCGAACGCGAAUCAUCCUCACGUGGUUUUACGUCAUACUGGGAGCCGUUGUAGCGACCGUCCUUACCUUUAAGCAUAAUGCGAGAGCCAAGGUUCCGAUCUCACCCUCCGAUAUGAGAAUAGUGAACCAGCCCUCGAUGAUGUUUUGCGACCGCGUUGAGCUUGAUUGUUCAUCUUUAAUCGAUUAUUACGUCAUGAAACACGAGCCCAGCAUCGAUGAGAGCAAAGUGAUCAACUAUACGGAAAAUGUGAAUGGCAACAUUGAAAGAGACACAUACGAAUAUUGGGGUUUUUAUUUGCUGAAAGGUUCAAACGUGAAGAUGUCCUACGUUAUAUCAGACAGUAUAGUAUUGUACGUUUUUAAAGGCGAUGACGGUUUCAACAAAUGGAAAAAAGAUGUGAACUGUUACGAUUGCUAUUUGAAACGCUGGUUUCUGUUUAACAGUGGAACCGCAGAAUAUGAUAUCAUAGAAACAGACCAAUAUUAUUACGUGUUUUCCAAUGAGGAUCAGUUUGUUCUCCCUUCCAAGCGCGUCGAUGUCACAUUCCAACUGUCACGAACGCGAUAUGUCCUCGAUGAUGUGAACAUUCGGUGUCCAAAUACCUUUGAUUGUACCGUUGAGCUUAAUGGAGAGCCGCAAGUCAUAGUUGUACGAAUGCCGGAACACUCCUCAUUCGACUCUCCUGUAAACGUAUACUGCCGACCUCGGGUUUACAUGUACUUCCUGUUGUACGCGCUUGCGCCUUGCGUCGUAGGAAUCUGUGUCACAGUUGCUAUUUAUAGAUUCACGCGUUUGAAAAAUAGUUCCCAGAGAGAUCGAAGCGAAAGCAGAGUUCACAUUGUUUCGAACGAUGAACGUUUGUCUGGUUUUGGAUACGGAAGCGUACAACUUGGACCCAAUAAUCAAUCCGACGCAGUUAUACGUCCAUCUAGUUAUUCGGCAGCACAAAAAGUAGUCCAAUCAAACAGCGGGUCACCACCAUCUUACGAACAGGCAACAAAAAAGGAACACGUUUAAUGGUUUUGGAAAACACUGACUUCUGACUAAUUAAUGCUCGAAUAUAUUUGUAGUGGUACUUAUAUUGCGCUAUGUCAUACAAAUAAUGUAAAUGUAUAUAAUUGCUACUAAUGCAAUUAUAUACUUUUUAAGCAUCUCAAUUUAGUUUUGAUUUCAAAGAAAUGUGUUAAUAGAAGUAAACUGUGUUCCACUUGUAAGAAUAACACUUUCUCUUCAUUGUUCGGUGACAUUUAAAUUCCUACAUGUAUGAAAUGGGUAAUAAAAACACUGUAGUGAUUUUCUAACAGGCCAUAAUGACAUAUGUAAUGAAAAAUUUGUAAAAAUGAAUGCCUGUCAACAGCGGGAUUUUAACUUUGUAGUCAUUUUGUAUGUUUUUAUAAAUAAAGAAAAUAAUAUUUAUAUUAUUAUAUAAUAUAUAAAAUGUAAUUGAUCUGA